AUGCACAAGUUACUUUUCUACUCCAACCCUUGGUCAAUUGGCAACAUUGUGACUGGGACAGAUGAGCAGACACAAUAUGUACUGAAUGCCGACGCUCUGGUGAUGUUCCCCAGCCUGCUGCGUCACCAUAAGGCCAACAUCCAGAAGGAGGCAGCCUGGACGGUGUCCAAUAUCACUGCUGGCAAAAACACCCAGAUUCAGGAGGUGGUCAAUGCUGGACUGAUACCCAUGCUGGUGGAGAUCCUCCAACAGGGUGACUAUAAGUCUCAGAGGGAGGCUGUGUGGGCUGUCACCAAUUAUACCAGUGGAGGAACGGUAGAGCAAGUGGCCUACCUGGUCCAUUGCAAUGUGCUGGAGCCUCUGCUCAACCUGCUGACAGCCAAUGACAGCAAAGUUACCCUGGUCAUCCUGGAGGCCAUCUACAAUAUGUUACAGAUGGCAAGAAAAACUGGAGAGAUUGAAAAUCUCUGCCAAAUGAUUGAGGAGGUGGGAGGUUUGGACAAGAUUGAGGCACUUCAGGCCCACGACAAUGAAUCUGUCUACAAAUCCUCUCUCAACAUCAUAGAAAGAUUCUUCUCUGACGGGAAUGAAAAUGACGAGUCUGUGGUUCCUGAAGCUACUGCAGAUGGCUAUACCUUCCAGAUGGCCAAUGACCAAAGCACUUUCCAGUUUUAACAUACUCGGCCGUCUCUUUGUACCUUGUUGAUAUUUUUGUAUUUUUUUUUUUUUAGACAUUUCAUCCUUGUAUGUGACAGUACAAGGACUAAAUCUCCCAGUUUCAAAACAAGAUUUGUAAAUAAAUGGUAUUCAUGCACAAGUUACUUUUCUGUAUGGAUUUCUGUUUCAGAAAUAAACAGCCUCUGUACAGGGUCAAGCACCUAAUGUAUAUGUUGAAAAUAUGUGAA